AUGGCCAGGAGGAUCCAGGACUGGCAUGGAAGCCUGAGCACCUCCAAUGCCUGGCGUCUUUACGACCAUGCUUUGUGCUGCCUGAGAUCGCUCGUGGACACAAACGGCUUCUUCUGUGUGGACCUUCCCGGCCACCUCUGCUCCCCGACCUCCUUAUCCUCCCUCCAGGAGGUCUUCAGCGCUCCCUCCACGGUCUGGGCUGAGGUGCUGGACUCUGAGGACGAAGGACAGCUGCUGAAGGAUCACGCUGGCAGCAGUGUGGUGGCGGGUUUGGAGGGAGAGAGAAAAGUCAAGGAGGUGUUUGGAAUAACCCAGAACCGUUGUGGCUUCCCAAGGCCUGUCUGCUCCUCUCCCCUGGAGCAGCCGGUCCUUCUGCAGGGCUCCUGCAGCCCUUGGUUCACCACCAACCUCUGCGCAGCACCCACAAAGCCCCCCACCGCCAGCACCCAGCACUGCUCGCAUCACCCCGCUGGCACAACUGUCCGCUUGGCGGACAGCCUCCCAGCCACCCGCGGGGAAGGCCAGAGCCUAACAGAGCGCGAGCUCUGCGUGGAUGGGGGCCGAGGCAGCCAGAGCAGCAAGUGGGCUUUGCGGCUGCUUGAGGAGAUCCAGAACGGGGCCAGGGACAACCUUUGGGAGGGAGCAGAGCAAAAGGUGGUAUUCAUCACAGGACGAAUCCACCCAGGGGAAACACCCUCUUCAUUUGUGUGUCAAGGGAUCAUUGACUUCCUCAUAAGCCAGCACCCUAUUGCUCGUGCCCUACGGGAACACCUGGUCUUCAAGAUUGCACCCAUGCUCAACCCUGAUGGCGUCUACCUGGGCAAUUACAGGUGCUCUCUGAUGGGGUUCGACCUGAACCGUCACUGGCUGGAUCCCUCUCCAUGGGCUCACCCCACCCUGCAUGGGGUGAAACAGCUCAUCAUUCAGAUGUACAACGACCCAAAAACAAGCCUGGAGUUUUAUAUUGACAUCCACGCCCACUCCACCAUGAUGAAUGGCUUCAUGUAUGGCAACAUCUUUGAAGAUGAGGUGCGGUUCCAGAGGCAGGCCGUCUUCCCCAAGCUCCUCUGCCAGGAUGCCGAGGACUUCUCCUACUCCAGCACGUCCUUUAACCGAGAUGCCGUGAAAGCAGGAACUGGCCGUCGCUUCCUCGGUGGGCUGCUGGACCACACUUCGUAUUGCUACACCCUCGAGGUUUCCUUCUAUAGCUACAUCAUCGGCGGCACCGCGGCCGCUGUGCCCUACACGGAGGAAGCCUAUAUGAAGCUGGGGCGGAACGUGGCGAGAACGUUUUUGGAUUAUUACCGGCUGAACCCCAUGGUCGAGAAAGUGACGAUCCCCAUGCCAAGGCUGCGAAACAAGGAGUCAGCUUCCCAAAGGAGGAAAGAACGCCCCCCCUACAAGCGCCCACUCCUGCGGGGCCCAGCCAGCAGCCACCCCGACAGCAAAGGGGGCAAGAAGAGCUCAGUGAACCACAAAGACCCUUCAAUCUUUUUAAGGAUGCGGAGUCCGGGGAGGUCUUGUGGUGGCAGGGGCAUGCAUUUUCUGCUGGGGCAUGAAAUUAAUCACCCUUCUCUAGUUUCCAAGAUAAUGGCUGUGAGAUAA